AUGGGUCUUGGCAUAUUGGACGAUCAUCAUCUUGAUCAUGUUCCAGGGACCGCUCUCCUCGCGGACAUGUUGGAUGCUCAGCAUCACCAGUUCCACGGUCGUGAUACGUCGGGUUUAAAGCAUGGCACCGGGCGGAAUAAGGACAUCGUCCUCGUUCCUCAACCCAGCGAAUCCCCCCGCGACCCCCUCAAUUGGCCUAGAUGGAAAAAAGAUCUCCUCCUGCUUAUAAUUUCGAUCGAUACGGCCGUGGUGGGCGCUUGGGGACCGAUGAUUUCCCCUGGAUUCGCAGAAAUGGCACAGGAAUGGAAUAUGUCCUACAAUACUCUGAACGGUGGGCUGGGAUGGGCCAUCUUUGCGAUCGGAAUUUCCUGCUUUAUAACCAACGGACUGUCCGUCAAGUUCGGUCGCCGCCCCGUCGUCAUCGGAGGCAAUCUCUUCUUGUUCAUUUCAUCCGUCUGGGGUUAUUUUGCCCACAGCUACCACUCUCUAUUGGCCAGCAGAAUUUUCGGCGCCAUUGGAAUGAGCCCAUUCGAGGUCCUUACAACAGCAAUCAUCGGCGACAUUUAUUUUGUCCAUGAGCGAGGCCUCCGUCUUGCAUUCUGGGGCCUCUGUCUUAGUAUUGGUGUGGGGGGUGGCAGUUGUAUUUCCGGUUACAUCAUUCAGGAUCUGGGAUGGAACUGGACCUAUGGAAUCUGCGCCUGCCUGUAUGGGGCCUUUAUCAUUCUCAUCUUCUUCUUUGUGCCUGAGACUAUUUACAAGAGAGACCCGGCGUACAAUCUCGACUUGGGAACGACAGAUCGAACUUUUGAAACCUUGGACGCGCAGGAGGUGAAGCACCAACAUCCUGAGCAUUUGGAGACCACCAAAUCGGGCAGCAAGGUCCGUACCGAAGUCCUCUAUACCGGUGCCGACGAACCACCAUAUACGUUCUGGGAAAAUCUGCGCCCCGUCCGUGGCGUGGAGUCGGACGAAAAUUUGCUCUACAUCAUUUUCCGCCCAUUUGGCAUGCUGCUAUUCCCUCAAGUUCUUUAUGGCUUCAUCACUUAUGGGCUGUCCACGUCAUGGUUGGUGGUGAUGAUCAGUGUCCUGGCACAACUCUUCACCGGACCUCCUUAUAACUUCAGCGUUUCAGAUGUCGGUUUGAUCAGCGUUGCCGCCCUGAUCGCCUCAUUACUAGGCUUUGUUGCUGGACCGUUGAAUGACUAUGUCGUGGUAAAGUUGGCCCGUUGGAAUAAAGGCAUUUACGAACCUGAAUUUCGGCUUCUCCUCAAUAUUCUCACUCUUAUUUUGGGAGUUGUGGGAUUCUUUGGAUUUGGAGCUACUUUGGAAAAUCAGGCGCCGUGGCCUGGUCCAGUGGUGCUCUACGGGAUCAUAUAUUUUUCAAUGUCUUUUCUGAACAUUGGAAUCUACGGAUACAUUACCGAAUGCCAUCGGAACAAGGCUCCAGAGGCCUUUGCGUCUCUGAAUCUACGCAAUAUCUAUAGCUUCGGCAUGAAUUAUUUUAUUUCCGACUGGAUUACGACGCAAGGACCACUUGAAGUCUUCUCAAUCAUUGGGGGAUUGCAUAUUUUCAUCUGCGUCCUCACGAUUCCGAUGUGGAUUUAUGGGAAAAGAUGCCGGAGCUUCACUGCACGAAAUCCCCUUUUCCGACGAAUCCAGGAGUCUUGA